AUGCCGAAGACAUUCAACAACAUAACCAUCCAAGUUGAAUGGUUAUGCCGAAGACAGUCAACUGUCUUCCAAGUUGAAUGGUUAUGCCGAAGACGUCAACUGUCUUCCAAGUUGAAUGGUUAUGCCGAAGACAGUCAACUGUCUUCCAAGUUGAAUGGUUAUGCCGAAGACAGUCAACUGUCUUCCAAGUUGAAUGGUUAUGCCGAAGACGUUCAACGGCAUAAACAUCCAAGUUGA